AUGUCGGAACAAGAGAUCUCGAUGGGCGGUAAAUCUUUACAAGCACUGCCCACUGGAUACGUUUUCAAACCGACAGAUGAAGUAGUUCUAGAAUACUUGAGCAGAAAGGUCCGAGGACUCGAGCUGCCGUCCAAUGCCGUGAUCGAGAUGGAUGUAUAUGCUCGUGAACCCUGGUUGCUCAAAU